AUGUGGUUUUUUCAUGCUGAUUUUAUGAGAAUGGUUUGUGAUAGUUGGAAUGCUCCUUUGGUUGGGUCUCCGACUUUUAUUUUUCCUCAGAAAUUGAAGCGCCUCAAGGUGGAGAUGAAGUUAUGGAAUCAGAUGGUUUUUAGCAAUGUUCAUGUUAAGCUUAAACAAACGCAACUUAGGUUUGAAGGGUCUAUGAGGGAGACUGAUGAUGAUCCUUUCAAUAUUGAGAAACAAAAUCAUAUGAAGGAUGCGCAAGUUGAAGUGAAUGAUAUUUGUAUGCAAUUGGUGAAAAUAUUGAAGCGGAAAUCUAGGAAUAAAUGGUUGAUGGAGGUGGCUAGUAAUACAAGUUUCUUCCAUUAUAAAAUUCGUAUGCGAAGGAGUAAUAAUACUAUUUCGGAGUUGGUUAAUGAUUCGGGUGAUACGGUUACUGAUUAUGAUCAAAUUCGGGACAUGGUUGUAAAUUAUUAUCAAGCUAAGUUCAAUGGGGAUAAUUCAGUUUUGGAGAUUUCUCUUUUUGAUAUAGAGCGUGAUCGUAUUUAUGCUGAGGAGAGUACUUUUAUGGAUCGUUUGCCUACUGUGGAGGAGAUUCAUGAGGCUGUAUUUGACUUGGGUGCGGAUAGUGCACCAGGACCGGAUGGUUUUGCGGCUAUUCGUUUGGGGAGUGUCCUGGGUAACUUGGUUUCUGAGGAGCAAGUGGCUUUUAUGAAGGGUAGAAAUAUCCAUGAAAACAUCUGUUUAGCUUCAGAAAUGGUGAAUGAGAUACAUAUUAAACGCAAGGAGGGUAACGUGGGAUUGAAGCUAGAUAUUACUCAAGCUUUUGACACAGUUAGUUGGUCUUUUAUCUUGGCUGUUUUUAAAGAAUAUGGUUUUUCGGAUACUUGGUGUAGUUGGAUUUUGCAGAUUUUAAGGUCAGCUAGAAUUUCUGUCCUUGUUAAUGGUAGUCCAGAAGGCAACAUGAAAAGCUUGAGGAAUUUGGUUGCACUUCUUGGUACUUAUCAGCGUGCUUCAGGCCAAACUGUUAGUCGUGAAAAAAGAAAGAUCUAUUAUGGUGGUAGCUCUUUGCGGAGGAGAGCUAACAUUACUGAAUUUUUAGGCAUGAAUAUUGUUUCUUUUCCGGAUAGAUAUUUGGGGGUGAAGGUCAUGCCAGGUGUUGUUAAAUACCAUCAUAUUAGCAAUGCGGUUGAGAAGAUCAAAGAACAGUUAGCAGGUUGGAAGGGGAGAAUGCUUUCUUUCCAAGAUAGGGUGGUGUUGGUUAAGUCAGUGAUUGCGAGUUACUCUAUACACAAUAUAGUUGUUUAUAAAUGGCCUAGAAAAUUCAUUCAUCAAUGUGAGGCUGCUAUUCGAAAUUUCUUGUGGUCAGGGGAUUCUCUAGUAAGUAGAUCUUUUAUGGUUGCUUAUGACAAGAUUUGUGCUCCUUAUAAUGAAGGUGGCCUUGGAAUCUCUCGUAUGCGGGUUAUGAACAAAGUUAUUCUUAUGAAGCUUUGCUGGAAUAUUUGUAACUCUAACAAGGCCUGGGUGCGUUUUAUGCGUGCAAAAUUCUUUGGCCGUAAUGGUCAAUUGGUAGGUUACAUGAAAUCUUCCAUUCUGCCAGGUUUCAAAUGGGUUCAUAGUGAGGUUCAGUCCAACUAUAGGAUGUUGAUUGGUGAUGGCAGGAGUACCUCAUUGUAUUUUGAUGCUUGGUGUGUGGAGGGAUGCAUUGUUGAUGCUAUUGGGCAUGAAAAUAUGGAUGGUAACUUGUUAGUUAGUGAUUUUAUUCAUGAUGGGGCGUGGGUAUUCACUGACAUUGUGCGUUUGAAUUUGUUGGAAACGGGUGUUGAUUUAAAUAAUCUUCCAAAUCCAAUGGGAGGUGCUGACUACAGGGUGUGGAAACCAGAUUACAAGGGAAAUUUUUCAGUUCGUUAUGCUAAGGAGCUGGUUCGUUCAAGGCAACCUGCACUAGAGGGAAAAAAAUUGUUGUGGCGUCCUUCGGUGCAUCCUACUCUAGCUGCCAGAAAUUGGAAAAUUUUGCGUGGGGCGUGUGCUACUUUGGACAAGGAUUGGAUUUCAGACGUGUUUGGUAUUCUUCCGCAUCAUAUUUUAACAACCUCUUACAAGGCAGCAAAAGGUACAAGUAGGAUAGUCAAGGAUUUAUGGCUGCUUGCGAUUCUAGUUAUUCGCUCGGAGCUUUGGAUGACCCGUAAUGGGUUUGUCUACGACAACCAAAGAGUAAGUUUGAUAUUUUUUCAAAAGAAGGUGUUUAAUCAGAUUCAAGAGUACUCUAUACGGCUUAAGGGUUGUAUGUUUAACUCCCAAGAUGACCUGCGAAUUCUAUCUUUCUUUAGAGUUCGUCAUAGGCAGGUUAAGCAUUUUGAUCCCAUAAAAUGCUUUUGGGAGCCUCCGCAAAAUAAUGAGAUGAUAUUAUGUUGUGAUGGAGUGGCUCGUGGUAAUCCUGGAAGGGCGGGUGCUGGAGUUGUUGUACGUGAUGCCAAUGCUAAUGUGGUUGGAGCUAUGAGUGUUGGUUUUGGUGUGCAAACAAAUUACUUGGCUGAAUUAUUUUGUGUUAUUGUUGGUUUGGAAUGGGCUGUUAAGUUCGAAGUUGGCAGUAUUUGUAUAAGAACAGACUCCAUGAGUGUUGUUUUGGUUUUCUCUGGUGAUGACGUUAUUGUGCCUUGGUUUCUUAGAACAAGGUGGAUGGCCAUGAAGGUAAGAUACAAUUCCAUUCGCUUCAUUCAUUCCUAUAGAGAAGCAACUUUGCGGCUGAUUGUUUGGCCAAAAGGGGUUUCUUGUUAG